CAGAGACAUAGUGUCUUGCCCGCCGGCGGCUUGCACUCGAGAUUCGGCUGAAUCACCGCUUUUCCACCAAAAACACCCCUUUUCCACCAAAACGGUCACCUUUCUGUUAUAUGCACCCAAAUGCUAAGCUGAAGGGUUUCUUCCUGAGCCCUUGAUCCUCACCGGCGACGUCAAUAAUGCUGUCUUCUCCGAUUCGUCCGGCGACAACACGCCGUCGCCAGUUAUGCCCGACUGGAACUCAGAGCGGUUCACACCGUGAGGGACUCGGCUGUGCCGUCCUACUUCUCAAGUAGACAACAGAUAAGCAUUUUGCAUAACAGGCACUUUUCAGUUGUGGAUUUGCGACUAUUGACUUCGCGACACUUAAUCAGGUUAUGUCCUGUCCGAGGCGAGAAUCCAUUGGAGAAAGUAUCUAAUCGCCGGAGGCGGUUGUGUCUCGCACACUUUCCUCUCCGGUCGAUGUUCUCAAGAGUGUGGUUCUACUGUAACGGUUGUUUGAGAAGAGGCUGUUGAUCAUCAACAGCACUGCUCCUCUCACGGGACAACAGCAUUUGCCGAUACUAGGAUAACCGCCAUGAAGUCUGUCGGGAAACAUCGGCGUCUUUCUCUCGUAUCGCUGCGAGAAACGUCAGCUCUACUUGCGGCAAUGUGCUUCCUUGUUUCCAUUUUUGUCUUACCCUCAAACUGCUUCGACUCACUGUUACCCGGUGACCCCGUUCUGUUUCCACGUUCCUCCCGAUCAGCCGAGAAAGCCGCUCUCCAGCAUCAAGUGGCACGCUCCGGAAGUAGAUCCCGCGCACCGUCAUUUAUUUCCCGCGACAGACUGGUGACUGAGCACGCCGGUUCUCGAAGUUCCUUCCUGUCUGAAGGAGGCCCAUCUUUGAACUGGAUUCGGCGGCAGGAGACCGCAACCAUGUCCUCUUCCUCAGAGAGCCCAGUGGUGAAGGUGAAUUACGAGAAAUCAGUCACUGUCGGUGGGCCUGUGCUACGAGGAGGCGCUGCGCUUCAAGGUGGAGUUCAAGAUGCGGAGACAACAGCCCCCAUUGGGGCUUGCUCGAAGAUGCUAGAGGUGGAGACGAGCCAGUUCAAGACGAGUCUACCUCCUUUCGGUUGCCCUGCUGCCACAGUCGACGUGUGGCACACAGUAUAUCUACUGUACGCGCCUUUCGAGGGUCUCGUAGACACGUCGCUCCCUCCCCCAUACCGACAACAGCUUGCAGUUCUCAAGGACGUGUCCCUUAAACAGGGCUGGCACACUGAUCCCAAGUCCCUUCCUCCGGAAUGUCAACAAGCCCUUCUGUGGCUUCACUGCAAGAUGCACGAUACGAUGAUCCUCUGCGGUGGAAAGACUACCGGCUGGAAGUACUCCGCACCAAGCGACUUAGAGACAGCACAGCAGUACUGCUCCAAAACAGACUCGCCGAUCUUCGCAGCAUGCGAGAAAAUGGCACAGGAUGCUGGCUCCUCUUCAGAAGCAUAUCCCUUCGGCGGAUGCAGGAGCUUUAAUGAAGAGACUGGCAGUCCAGGAACCGCUACACUGUACGCGGCUGGCAACAGGGUCAAUCCCUCUCUAUCGCUCAGUUUAACCGGCGCAUUAGUGAUUGGUAGUUUUUGGGCAGCGACUGCGUAAUAAUCCACUAGAAAUUUGAAAUAAACAUUAACUAGAUUUGGGGGAUGCCGUGAAGUAGCUAAACCGUCGUGUCUCGUAAAACGCACCGUAAGCUGUCUCAACAGUGUCGGCACUCAAAGCCUGCUUUUCCUGGCUUCGAUGUGUAUCACAUAUAUUACCAUUUUCAACGUUUUGCUUUGGUAACAAACAAACCUGGAUGUUAAAAACAGAGGAAAUAGUGAAAAUAUUUUUCACUAAGUGAAUUGGGAAAUUUGGAGGACACCACUGCUAGUGGAAUCCCUGAAACCUGCACUUUCUGUAUUCUUGAACAGUGUCAAUCCCGUUUUUUGAGACUCGACUCCGCUGGUCUAUAGAGCAAA